CAGACGAGCGGUGCAGGGACAGACGGGCUCGAGGCGCAUCGACAGCUCUGCAGCUCCACGUUUGUUCUGAACAUGUUCACGCUGCUGGUCUCCUGUCACGUUUGGUUCCUGCUCUCAGGUCUGAUCGGCUGCACGGAAAACUCCACAGCAGCGAUCUGGUUUUCGGUCCCUGAGAAUCACCACGUCUGUCUGCCGUGCAGCAGCUCUGGCAGCUCAGACGUGAUCUGGACUCUGCAGGAUCAGGAGGUCCUGGUGACCCGACGAGGCGGCUACAAGACCAACAAGGACCGCCAGCGCUACCUCCUCAUGGUUAAUGGCGGCCUCUGCGUCCUGCAUCUGGAGGAGUCGGAUCAUGGAGGAUACCGCUGUAACCAGCAGCUGGUGGCUGAGCUGCAGGUGCUGACAGGUUGGGACUACACGGUGUCCGCAGGCCGGACGCUGCUGCUCCCCUGCAGCGGCUCCUCCAAACCCAAACAGAGAUGGUUCCAGCAGAGGGAGGGCAAGAGGCGCGAGGCCGUCCUCACCAAGUACAGAAACGGUACGGUGAAACCAGAGAGGGGCGGCGGCCGGCUGAGCUUCACCAACGACGCCCUGCAGAUCCAGGACCUGCAGCCAGAGGAUGCUGGAGAGUACGUCUGCAACGGGGUGCUGCAGGCCAGAGUCACGGUCCUCACAGCACACGCAGAGACGAGCAGCCAGCCUCCGUCCACCAGCACGACUCCAUCACCUGCAGUCGUGACAGCAGAAGUGGAAGAAAUAAAGAAGAAGAGCAACACGAGACCUGAGAACGUUCUGCUGCUGGUUGCUGUCGUCAGUGUGGGCUUGAUGAUCAUCUUCUUAGCUGCUGUGUGUGUGUUGCUGACCAGCAUGAAGUGCAGGAGGAAGAAACGCAGAGCUGCAGCAGCACCGACACGUGACGACACGGAGCUGCAGCCGUGGACGACGUCCAGCGCACCGACAGAGGGUGAGGACUUAGAGACCCCGCCCCUCUGUGGAGAGACGAUCCACUACGCCUCUCUGGGCCGACAGAACUGGAGGGAGAGACCCAGCAGGAGUCCGCCGGAGCAGAGCCACCACAGCGUCAUCUACUCCUCUGUCAUCAGCAGACCUGCAGCGAGAGCUGAGCACAAACUCUGAAAGC